CACCUGACCUGCUUCAACGACUUUAAAGUGCCUGUACGAGUGGAAGGGCUGGGAUGUUGACCUGUUGAACUAUAUGAGGAAUUCUAGACAACUUGAAAUGAUGUUAACAAUGUGGACGUCUACCUUUCUGUGCUGCUUGCUGUUUGGACAGGUUGUCCAGUCACAUGCUGCUGGCCAGUUUUCCCAGGAUCCAGAGUGUGGAAAGACCCGAGGUUGCUAUAGCGACUGUGCCAGUGGAUGUACCUAUGAGGUAACCUGGCAGGACAUGAGAACCUAUGUGACCUUCACUAUGAAGUAUGACCUUGAAAGUGAGACCUCCAGGUGGAUUGCCCUGGGACUGUCCCAGGAUAUGAAAAUGGGUAGUGAUGAAGUGGUUGAGUGUCACAAGGAAUUGUCGGGUACCGUGAAAAUGUACAGAUCUCGGAACACAGGAAAAAGUCCACCAUCAGCACUGUCAGGGACAGAUUUGCAGCCGACCCAGGGGUCAGUUGAUGGCAGUGUCCUCACCUGUGGGUUUAAUUUACAGAAGUCAGCGUCACUUGACCUUGAUGCUGAUUCCUAUCUUCUCUUUGCCAAUGGACGUCUUACUGGAAAUGUAAAAAGUAAACAUUCAACCACUCCAAAGAUAUCUCCUAAUGUUGUGGACUUACAGUCUGUGCAAGUUAUUGGGGGAUCAGCUGUUCAAGUCCUCAUUAAGGUUCAUGGUCUUCUGAUGAUUGCAGCCUGGGUGUUGUUUGCCAGUGUAGGAGUGGUCUUAGCCCGAUACUAUAAACCAGUAUGGGCAGAUAGAAAGCUAUUGGGAGAGAAGGUCUGGUUUCAGAUACAUCGUCUGCUGAUGAUUAUGACUCUGUUAUUUGUUGUGGCUGCCUUCAUUGUAAUAUUUGUACAAGUAGAAGGAUGGAGUGAAUUUGGGGAUGCAGAUGAUUACAAGAAGGCACAUCCCUACCUUGGGGUCAUAGUGACUGCACUGACCAUUAUGAAUCCAUUGAUGGCUUUGUUUCGUCCCCACCCAGAUGACAAAUAUAGAUUUAUCUUCAACUGGGCUCACUGGUUUGUGGGAACAAGUGCCCGUGUACUUGCAGUUAUUACAAUUUUUAUUGGAGUGACAUUGUCCGGAGCUGGAGCACCAGAAUAUGUAUUAUACAUUCUGGCAGCAUAUACUGCGUACCAGCUAUUUAUAGAACUAGUGCUUGAGUUCCACGAAUGUUUUGUUGUCAGAGCUAAUAGUGGCAGAGAAUCUGUGUAUGAAAUGAAGAAAGUAUCUGACCCUGACCCAAAUUCUUCAGAAGUUGUCACCAGGGGGGAACCAUUCAAAAAAGUGGCGAUUGGAUUGCACACCCUUGUGAUUGUUGGUUUUACAGCGGCUAUUAUGAUCAGCGUGGGAAUAAAUUAAUCCAGAAAACAACAGAAGUAUACCUCAUUUCACAGGAAAUAACGGUAAACGGAAUAUAGGUACACAACAUCAAAUCAGAGCUACACAAAUAAUGGGGUUGAAAACCUUUUAUAUUGUUUCCAAAGAGUUAAGAGUUUUGUAUAUUAAUAAAUAUAUAUUUGAUAUAAAAUGAAAGAUACUGAAGAAUAAAAUGGCAUAAUAGAUUUUUGUAAACUACAUGUAUAUAAAUGCUGAUUGA